GAAGGUGGAGAACAUGUUGAAAAUAAAGGAGGAGUUUGAUUAUAAAAGUUUGUCUAGAAGGCUUGAAAUGCAACUGGACAAACUUAUUGCUGAAAAUGAAAGGCAACAGAAAGCAUUUGAUGAUGAAGUUGAAAGAAUAAAUCUAGAAGCGCAAAAUCGUAUCUCUGAAGUUGAAAGGAAUGUUGCAGAUGCCUUAGAGAAGGAGAGGCUAAAGACUCAAAUGGAGUACAUGGAAUCAGUCAAGAAGCUGGAAGAAACAAUGAUAUCUAAUCAGCAAAAGCAGGAUCAUAAUAGCUUCUUGAAUGGUAAAUGUAAUGGAGAGGAGCCUGGUACUUCUUCUACUGAGGAAGUUGCCGAGUUGAAGAAAUUGCUUCAGAAUGAAACUUGUUUGAGAAAGGCAGCUGAAGAGGAGGUUAGUAAGCUGAAGAGUCAACUUGGUCAACGAACAGAGUUAGGGGCAGGUGGGAAUCCAGAAAUCUUGAAGCUUCAAAAGAUUUUGGAGGAUGAGGCUCUUCAGAAAAAGAAACUUGAAGAAGAAAUAAUGAUGCUGCGAAGUCAGUUGCUGCAAUUGACGUUUGAAGCUGACCAGAUGAGAAGAUAUUUUGAAAGAGCUGGAGCUGGCAAUUCUUAUGCUGGUAUGGAUUUCCUCUCGUCUCAAGUCAGGAAUUCCCAGUUCAAUGAUUCUGGGAGUAUGCUGAAGGCACCAAUUCCUACACUCUUCGAACAAGUUGGACUGCAAAAAAUUUUGUCGUUGCUUGAGUCAGAAGAUGCCAGUGUACGAAUUCAUGCGGUAAAAGUGGUAGCCAACUUAGCCGCUGAGGAAGCACAUCAAGAGAGGAUUGUUGAAGCUGGAGGUCUUACUUCCUUGCUGAUGCUUCUGAGAAGCUAUGAGGAUGAAACUGUUCGUAGAGUAGCAGCAGGUGCAAUUGCGAAUCUUGCAAUGAACGAAGUCAAUCAAGAACUUAUAAUGGCUCAAGGUGGAAUUAGUUUGUUAUCCAUGACAGCAGGAAAGCAGAGGAUCGUUUAUAUAUAAUAUAUGGGCUCAAUCGCUAUUGCUAAUCUAUGCGGCAAUGAUAAAAUACAAAUGAAGCUGAGGUCUGAAGGUGGAAUUAAGGCAUUACUUGGUAUGGUGAGAUGUGCACAUCCUGAUGUUCUGUCUCAAGUUGCACGUGGGAUUGCUAAUUUUGCAAAAUGUGAAUCUCGAGCAUCUAGUCAGGGUAUAAAAGGUGGCAGAUCUCUUCUUAUAGAAGAUGGUGCACUUCCAUGGAUCAUACAAAAUGCUAAUAAUGAUGCUGCACCCAUUAGGCGCCACAUUGAGCUUGCAUUGUGCCACUUGGCACAACAUGAAGUAAAUGCAAAGGACAUGAUCAGUGGAGGGGCCCUUUGGGAGCUAGUUCGUAUAUCACGGGACUGUUCUCGGGAAGACAUAAGAAGUCUUGCUCACCGGACAUUGUAUUCAAGCCCUACUUUCCGAGCUGAAAUACGGCGGCUACGGAUAGAAUUUUGAUUGCAACAAUAAAGAGCAUCUUAGAAUGGUCACUUCACUGUUGAAGCCCAACUCCUCGAGUUGAUGCAGGAGAGAUUUUUUUGCAACGCCAGUUUAUAGGACAGGUAUGGUUGAGAUUUGAGAAUGGUACUUUAUUCUCUCAUUACUUGGGCAGGGAAGACCCCGUGAAAUUGUGGGGGAAAGGAAGCAAGGGUUGGUGGCGAACCAUGUAAUUCUUGAGCUUCUUUAGUGAGCUACGUGGCAUUUGUGUUUGCAGUAAAAUGUCACACCAGAGAGAACAGAUGAAGAGAUGAACUGGGAAAAAAAGGCCUUUAUAUGGGGAAUUGAGUGAGUCCAAUUUUUUUUUCACGUAUUCAUAAUUUUUUAUCAGGUGGGACUCACUCAGCGUGUCCUAUAUAUAUCUAUGUAAGUUCUACAGAGAUAUCUAUGUAAGUCGUUCUCUAUUAGUAAGUAAAACCUUAAUUUUUCGGCUA